CCAAAGGGUAGAACUGGAAAGUGGAAACUGAGCAGCUGAGGGAGCUCGGGGGUUUCCUCUGUUCUGCCGCCGCCACAACUCUUGUGCCUCCCUCACUCCCCCCGCCGGCGACGAGCAACCACCCAACCAGGCCUCCUCCACCCUCCAAGCAUUCGCCCGUCGAGGGAGGCCGGCCGCCUCCUCUCCUCCGCCUUCUACCGGCGCUGGGUCGGCGUGGCGUGGAGAUCCACCUGUCCGGACUCGGAUCGAUUCCUCCCUGCCUGCUGGAAGAAUGAGGAAGGGAUUACAUCCUCAAAUGCAAUGGAUUUCAUAUGUGACGCAGAGUGGUAGGCUGAUCAAUAUCAUGAUGACCAAGGUGAACCAUACUGGCAAAGUGUACCACAUGAGGGCCAAGCGUCAAAUGGCUCAAAGCCUUGGCCAGAUUGCAAAGUUCAAACGCCGAUACGAGCAGGAAGCCGAGGAAAACAAGGACAAGUAGGGUGGUGUUUGCAUGUAGCUAUAGUCUAAGUAACAUUAUGCAGUUCUGUUGACCACAAGUUUUAGUUAAGGAACUCUGCUCAAGGAAUUGUAUUUUCAAUGGCAUUUUCUUCUGGGCUUCUAUUACUGUGUUGGAUUCUACCCCCAUGUAGUUGUUUCCUUUACCAUUAUACAGCCUGUCUUGAGAAAAUUAUGGUACUUGUUCUGCCUUAAAGCCUCAAGAAAGUUGGAUUAAUUUCUUCUCGAAACAA